UCUAAUUCAUCAUCGCUUGCCGCGUCGCCGCUGGGAUAAUAUAAAAAAGUGUGGGCAUGUAGUCGUCGCCCGGCAUAUCACGACUUCAAUCAGUGACGUCGAUUGGGCCCGGUCGUCUGCGCAUAAUUGGGGAAUAUUCUCCGGGCUGUUGUUUUCUAUGGGUUCCGCGUUGCGCGUGCAUCUUUGUGCGCCGUAUGUGUUAUGGACAUAUGCGAGAUUUUUCUCAUUAUAUUAGUGUAAUUAAUAAUUAGGUGUUGUUUGAUUUAAAUGACUUCAAAAAUCUUUAGUCAGUUCAUGCGGCUAACAAUUCUAAUAACUUAUUAAUCGGUCAUGCGUGCAGUUUGACCGAGAAGGAGCAGGAUUAAUUCAUUUCCGGUUACCUGAGGAAGUUUAACUGGAAAAACACGAAUUAAAUACGAUUACAUACCGCCGGCCGCGAAACGAUCUGCCAUUAUUUGUGUAUGGAUUGGAAAUUUACUGAGCGAAAAUAUGGAAUGGAUCCUCAUUAUCACAACCUACGCAACCGUUGUGCUGUUGGGCGUUUCAUCGGGAUAUGUUUGUCCACCGCAAGAGCAUCCCUGCGGGGACACGGGAAAUACUUGUGUCCACCAGCGUUUAUGGUGUGAUGAUUGGCCAGAUUGUCCUAAUGGAAGAGACGAACAAAACUGCAGUCAUUCUACUGGAAUGUGGAAUGCUUGGGCUGACUGGUGGGACACAAGGAACAACGACUCGCAGACGAUGAUCCAUCCGCUUAGUUGUGAUAUGGACGAAUUUCCGGAAGGCUGUAAUUGCUCGUACAGCUCUAACAUUUCUUGUGCGGAUCAAAAUAUUACGGAUAUCCCACAAAAUAUUCGACCAGGUCAUUUGCUUACAAAAUUCAAUCUUGCGCGCAAUCAGAUUACGUCGUUACCGGACGAUGGAUUUCGUCAUUACACCAGUGUUGUCAUUUUGGAGCUUACGAAUAACCUGAUCCAAUGUAUAGGAAAAAACGCAUUCAACGGACUGGAAAAGCUAAAUCAGCUGUGGCUAAGCAAUAAUCACAUUUCUGCCCUGGAGCCUGGGCUGUUCCAGAACGUUCCCAAUCUCCAGCUUCUAUUUCUAGCCGGAAAUGGAUUAACUGAUUGGGAUCCGCAAGUGUUUUCUGGAAAACACGCUAUUAAGUGGAUGGAUGUCCGGAACAAUCGACUUCGCUUGCAGAAAAAGGACAUGCUUCGAUAUUUGCAUCCUUAUUGUCAAUGGCUGGAGUUUGACGACAAUCUUGUGGAAUAUCUGGAUCAGCGUGUGUUUCAACAUAUAAGAAGUUUUCAGGUCAUAUCUUUUGCUAACAACAAUAUACAGACGCUGGCUGAGGAUACGUUUGCUGAGCUGAAUCUUUCCGAACUCAUUCUCAGCAAUAAUUCCAUACAAGUUGUACCGGCAAAUAUUUUUGCCAACCAAACCCUGUUACGAGACAUAGAUCUGUCAGGAAAUCCUAUUCACUAUUUGCCGGAAACACUUUUUGAUGGCUUGGAUCUGGCAUAUUUAAAGCUGGGACGUGUGGAAAUUCGAAAUAUAAGCAAGAGAAUGUUUGCGAAUCCCAAACUGAAGAUUGAGCACAUAACAUUCGACAAAUUUCGUUACUGUGGUUAUGCACCCCGAGUGAAGGAUUGCCGGCCAAAAACCGAUGGGAUCUCAUCUGCGGAGCACUUAUUGGACAGUCCAGUUUUGCAAUCAUUCUCGUGGUUAAUUGGAGUUGUGGCAUUAUUUGCGAAUGGAUUUGUUUUCGGAAUACGAGUAUAUUUAUGGAGAGGAAGCUCCCAACUUAGCAAAAUCCACUCAUUAUCCAUUCUUAGUCUGGCUCUGUCUGAUAGCAUGAUGGGAUUCUACACGUUAAUCAUUGCCGGUGCUGACGCGAAUUACGAGAAUGUCUAUUACAAAUAUUCCCAUCGUUGGGUCCGCAGUCAUCUUUGCCGUUUCUCUGGAAGUUUAGCGGUGAUAUCAUCCGAAGUGUCCACCUUACUGCUGGUAUUUAUGGCAGUGGAAAGAUAUGCCAGACUUGUAAGGAAACCCAUUGGACGCUCUGGCAUUCCUCUUCGUAGAAUUGUGAUCUGGAUAAUUUUGUGUUGGAUUGUGGGUACUGCAAUCGGUAUAAUCCCUCUGUCACUGGAUCUUAACAUUGGGGAAGUGGAUUUGUUCUACAGUCAGAAUGGAGUGUGUUUGCCUUUGUUCAUACAUGAGCCUUAUCAGAAGUGGUGGUGGAUGUCUUUCUUCAUGUUUGUGAUUACUCCCUUGCUGUCCGUAAUUGUAAUCUGCCUUUGUUAUUACGCUAUUUUUGAUCAUGUGGAACAGUCUCGCCAGGACUCAGAAAGGUCACGCGCGGAUAAAACGCAUCUGCGGAAGGUGCUAGCCAUUACGAUUUCCAAUAAUAUCUCGUGGGCAGUCGUAAUAGCUAUUAAAAUUCUGGCGCUUCUUGGAACACACCUGCCCGCUCAGAUAUACGGAUGGGUGGCCGUAUUUGUACUUCCGGUCAACUGUUGCUUAAAUCCUAUUAUAUAUACAGCAAUGACCCCGCAUUUCAAAGGCUUGUUGCCAGUGCUUUCGACUACGCGGUCUCGCACACGUGCAGAAGCCAAGGCCAUACAACAAAUCGUCUAUUGCACUUCGGGAUUCAACACAUUUUCCAGGCACAAUGCAUUAAGAAGAUCUUUUGGUCAGUCUUCGACAACAACGCUGUCAACCAGAGUCCCUCUUUCGCAGCAGAAUUCUUUUAUCGGCUUAUCCCGCACUGACAGCAAGUUCACACCAAGAGUCUCUCAGCGACUUCGAAAGGUCAAGUCGGAGACGCCUAUCCGCCAGAGUUUAUUACACCAAAGGGAUAAUGCUCGUAUUACGAAAUGUGUCAACAACGUUAAUAAUAACGGACAGUACCUGUCACAUGAAGUAGAAGGUGAAAACGAAGACGAAGGAAUCGUUAUGUGCUCUUUAAAAAAAGAUGUUGCAACCGGUACACCAAUGGAGUGGGAUUCGCAAUUCUGAAGAAAACGUAAUACGAGUAAUAGAGAAUAGUAGUUCAUCAAUCUGUUGCACUCUCCUUUGAUCUAUGCAUGGGAAAUGUAAAAUUAUAAUCUGUAAAUUGCUUUGUACAUUAAGAGUAUGCAUACUUGUUCGUAGUAGUGUUUGUGGCUUGGAGUGGUCUAAUCGUUUAUAAUUGAUUAUGGUGAUCACUAUACAAAAUUAUCUUUCUCGUACAAAUGGAUAAUUUUAUUGUAUUUGUAUGCACCAAUCUAAGUACUUAUUUUGAGAUGUGAAUUUGAGUGAUUUUGAGACAUUUUGAGAUGUGAAUGUUUGCUAACCGCUAUUGAACGACUUAA